GUAAAUGUGUCAGGUUUAAAUGUAUUUGUAGGCUUAUUCCAGGCACAGUGAAUGAACGGUAGGCUGGUGUGAGUAACGGGGCUGCUGGAAACGGAGACGCUUGAGUUCAUUUGUUCAUUUUUAAAUGUCUGGAUUCUGUUUUGUCGAUAGUCAGAACUUCUAAACAGCACACUUUGAUUCUGAAUCACUUUUAAACUAAACUCAGCUAACCGGACAUCAUAUAGUCGAGAGUUACAGCUGACAGCUGCCGAGCACACUUGCUUCUCCACCGGACUGAUUUCGCCAUGUCCACCGCGGAUGUGUCGGAGCAGAACCGGCGCUGUUGUGUUUUGUCCUGGGAGCAGGUGCAGCGUCUGGACUCCAUUCUGGGGGAAUGUGUCCCGAUUCACGGCCGGGGGAACUUCCCUACACUUUCCGUUCAGCCUCGACAUAUCGUACAGGUGGUGCGGGCUCGUCUAGAGGAGCGAGGUGUAAGGGUGCGUGAUGUGAAGCUCAAUGGCUCUGCUGCAAGUUACGUUCUCCACCAGGACACAGGCCUGGGUUACAAAGACCUGGACCUUAUUUUUGGCCUGAGUCUGACUGAUGACAAGACCUUUCGUCUGGUGAAGGACGUGGUCCUUGACUGCCUCCUGGAGUUCCUGCCUGCUGGUGUGAGCCGGGACCGCAUCACCGCCCUCACCCUGAAGGAAGCAUAUGUACAGAAGCUGGUGAAGGUUUGCAAUGACACUGACCGCUGGAGCCUCAUCUCACUUUCCAACAACACUGGCAAAAAUGUUGAGCUGAAGUUUGUGGACUCCCUGCGACGGCAGUUUGAGUUCAGCGUGGACUCAUUUCAGAUUGGCUUGGACUCACUGCUACUUUUCGACCGCUGCUCCGAGACACCAAUGUCCGAGAGUUUCCAUCCCACUGUGCUCGGAGAGAGCAUGUACGGAGACUUUGAAGAAGCGCUGGGACACCUACAUGCCAAAAUCAUUGCUACGCACAGCCCGGAAGAGAUCCGCGGUGGGGGGCUCUUGAAGUACUGCCACCUGUUGGUCAGAGGUUUUCGUCCAGUCUCCGAGGCUCAGAUGAAGACGCUUCAGCGCUACAUGUGCUCUCGCUUCUUUAUUGACUUUUCUGACAUUAAUGAGCAGCAGAGGAAGCUGGAGGCGUACCUGCAGAACCACUUUAAUGGGAUGGAGCACAAGCGUUAUGAUUGCCUCGUGACUCUCCAUCGCGUGGUUGAUGAAAGUACCGUAUGUCUCAUGGGCCACGAGCGAAGACAGACGCUCGCGCUCAUCUCCUCUCUUGCGCUACGAGUGUUGGCCGAACAGAAUGCAAUUCCUGCAUUGUCCAAUGUAACAUGUUACUACCAACCAGCGCCCUAUGUCAGAGACGUCAACUUCAGCAACUAUUAUGUAGCACAUGUGCAUUCUCCCAUUUCCACCUGUAACAACUCCUAUCAGACAUGGAUGGCUUGUAGCUGAGCAAUGAAUGGGACAGAAACACUGUUGGGGAAUAUUUGCAGUCUUCAGAUGAUGUUUGGUUGGAACCAUUGGACUUUUCAGAGUGAAUCUCACUAAAGCCUGCUCACAUUACAUUUUCACAUCAAUUUCAAAAGAAAGAAGGUGUAUUUGGAUAAAGACAUUUUCAUUUGAAUCUUCGCAGGAAACCACUCUUUUACAGUUUUUCAAGUCCAUGAUUUUGUCGAUCUUUUAACCACCAUAUGGGUCGGUUGUUUGAUGGACAAAAUGGCAGACAGUAACAUGGGCACAUACUUUCAGUGCUGUAAUUGGUCAGAUUGUCUGUCAAUCAAACUACAUUCAAAGGGUCAUAUUUACUACUUGUGAUUUAGUAAUAAUAAUAAUAAU